AUGCUCAUUCCUAAGUCAACAGCCCAGGGCGACCGCCUGCUGGAGUACCUGGACUUCCUUAGGCUUCAGGCAAUAGCCGCCCGUGAUAAGGAGUUUCUCAAUUCACAUACUGAGGACUGGUACCAUGGAAUUCUGCCCCCGUAUUCGCUAGUGAAGUAUACUCCUUUUGAGCAGUUCAACAAGGCACACUUUGGCAGAGCAAUGAACUCUGAGGUCUACAUGAAUCCACAUGUUCAGAUGGAAAAGGUGGCACUACCGCAUCCUGAUACUCGGUCCAGCUCUCUUGACGAGCUGCUGAAGCGUUCUGAAGGUAGCCUGGAGUACGCUGAAAACUUCAAGCGUGACUGGGAUGCCUCGUCAUUUUCGGGCUAUUUCCAACUUCCAAACUUCUCCUACUCAAGGCAACAACCAGGGAAGGAUAUGUCCGAAGGAAUUGGUCAGUUUUGUUACCAGACACAUUUCGAUGUGGAUAACCUUACUGUUAUGUUCGGUGGCUUGUUCGUGGAUGCCAGCCAGAGCUUGAAGAGCUUGGGUAUCCCCAGACUGACAGAUUUAUCACGCAUUUCCGUUCAUUUCCCUUGUGAAUUGCCUCCCCAUAUAAACAAGCAUGUUCUUAUGUCCCCCUGUGUCAUGCAAAACAGAGAUUUGAUUUUAUUUGAUGCCAUGAAGGGUACCGUGCAAGCGUCUCUCAUAAGCAAAUGUUCUGACAUUCACCCAGGCAAUCUAUGCUCCAUGGUGGGAACGGUAAUUGCUGAUUCUUAUGUUUUCUUUUCGGGUGGCUUCCAAAUAAUAGUGGACAAGGUAGAAUAUAAGGAAGAGAUUAACAGAUGGCUUGUUUACAAAUCGAUUCGUCUCAAUGAACAUGGCUAUAUCCUCAAUGUGAGAACCAAGCAAUUUACACAGAUCAAGAUCAAGUCCAAUUCAGAUGUCCAUUAUGAAGGUGCAAUUGGUAAUGCGAUGGUUUCCAAUAAGUUAGAGCGAGCCUCACUUCGAAGCAAUCAGCUAGCCCUGCCAGAUAUUCCAGCUUCAUAUCAUAGUGAUACCUCACAGAAUGCAACGCCCACAGCGGAGGAGAUACUUUCUUCCACUAACCUGCCGGGUGCUUCUACUCCGUUGACAAGGAGUCCUGAAAAGCCCCCUUUAAGGGAACCACAACCUUCCAAGCAGGUGCAUUCAAGUGCCGCUUCAUCUGACUCAAGACCUCGUGCAGUUUCAUCGCAAUCCAGUGUAAGUACUGCGAGGGCUACGACUCCAACAUCGUCAAGAAAUGUUUCACGGCUGAAUACAGAUUAUUCAAGACAGCUAAAUAAACCAGCGAAGCAAGGUGAAAGUCGAGCAUCCGGAAGCGCUAUAUCGCCAACAAAUUCUGCUUCUGAGGGGUCUCUGAAAAUGACUUCCAUGCUCAUGAAGUCAGCACGUAUUUUUCACAGAAACCAUCACAACCAUGCAUUCGGCCAUGGGCAAAGCCCUCAAAGCCUGAGUGGAAGCUCAGCUCAGACGCAAUCUCAAAACCUCGCUAGCCUUAGAGCCAAUAGUCCAAGCCCUAAUCCUAUCCCCCAUGGGAAUUACGCGGAUCAAGUGAAACACCAUAGAUCCCAGCCUCUGCUGUCAGGUACCUCGGCAGGUUCUACUUCGCCUGGUAGGCAUAUGACUCACUCUCCCGUUCAUACCCAAUCAGUUCCUCCUACUGAAUCUAUUGAUUCUGUGAGUGAAGAGGGAUCUUCUUUAAGUGUGCCACAAGAAGGCGUUGAAAAGCUUAAGCUUAAUCUGGGAAUUCACGGCACAGGGCUUCCGAAAGCUACAGAACGUACUUUAAGUCCGGACGAUACGAAUUCUCUUGGCUCUGGGCUGACUGGCGAAGGUCUAUUUGCUGCUAAAGAUUCGGCAAUGGAAUCUGGAGUCCUUUCCGUCACGGUCUUCUUGUUCGGAGGAUUUGUCAAAGACGUUAGUGAAGAUGAUAAAAUGCGCUUCAAGGCAACUAAUGAUCUUUUGAGAUUGGAGCUCAUCAUUGAAGAUGGUCAAUUGGGUAAUUUCCACAAAGAGGCCCUCAUCUUUGAUGCUACGGAUCGCAAUGAACACUCAGUAUGGCCUUCGAGAAGAGGUUUUUUUGCAUAUGUGUUGGUGAAUAAUGAUUCUAGCAGCGAAUUCUGCCCAUUCCAAGCAACGAACUUUGAGCUCGUUGCGGACGAGCCUUCCAAGUCUCACAUCUUUUCACUGGAAAACACCCAAGAGAUUGUAUCAGCGAGCGAGAACUCCACCGAGUCUAGCACACGGGGCUCUGAUCUUCUCUUGAAAAGAAGAGGUUUAUUGAUUCAAGGUGGUGUCAACGAAGCCAACGGCGUUUGCAGUGACAUUUACAUCUUUAACUUCUCUACUUCAAAAUGGCAUAAACAGCAAAGCUAUGCCUACGAUUACUACAAUCUUCCCAAACAGCCUUUCGAAGAUGAGCAGUGUGAAAAACUCACUUUGGAGAAUACUUCAAGUAAUCCGCCUUUAGUUGAUGCUGAGCUACGUGCAUGUCAUCAUCACGCUCUUCUCUACGAGCAAGACAGCAGGGAAUAUGUUCUUUUUGUUGGUGGUUUCAACAAUGACUUCCUUCGGCAUUAUGAUCCUGAGCCAUACGUAAGUGACCGUUACGAUGUCUCAAGACUCUCACGAUUCUCAAUCACUACAACUAACCCAAACUUACUACGGGUUCCAGCAUUGAACCUUCGAACCCAAACAUGGGUCUUUAUGAGAUUCUUCUUCGACCUAAGGGAAAGCAUUACAAGUCGAGCCAUGGACACACUCAUGGGCAACCCCAACUUCCGUAAUUCUAGAAUGGCUCUAUAUGGAGGCGGGUGCUCAAUCACAGGUAAGCAAAUAACCAUGUGCCAUGGAAUGGUUCAGUUCGUUUCAGAAAAAGCCGAAGAUUUCGACAAGUAUAAGGAAGAACUAAAGAGUAACAAAAUCCUGGCUGCUGAGGCCGAGUUGGAUAUGGUUACUGGCAUGUUCAACUCUCUUGUUGAGCAGUGUCACACCAAGUGUAUCAACAAGGGUUACAGUGAUGGCGACCUUACCAAGCAAGAAUCUCUCUGCUUGGACAGAUGUGUUUCGAAGUACUUUGAAACCAACGUCCAGGUUGGUGAGAACAUGCAAAAAUUGGGCCAGUCCGGUCUGUUCAUGGGAAGAAGAUAG